AUGGAUAGUAGCGCCGGCAUCGAGGCAGGCGACACCCCGGAGAUGGAAGGACUGCACAAGCUUGUGGACACUUUGCGAGACGCAAGUGGGCUGAAACUCUACAUCGACUGGCACAGCUACAGCCAGUACUUUCUGACCCCCGUCGGCUACAACUGCACCUACUACAUUGAUACUCUUGGCCAGCACAUCAAGCUUGCUCAGCUAGCCUCGGAUGCCAUUCGGGAGGUUGAGGGUGUCACCUUCACGUAUGGCCCAAGUUGCGCGACUCUGUAUCCUACGACUGGAGCAAGCUUCGACUAUGCUUACGCCGUUGGCAAAGCUCAAUGGUCAUACUUGAUCGAGUUGCGGGACACUGGCGAUUUCGGGUUCGUAUUGCCGCCAGAGCAGAUUCUUGGUAGUGUGAAGGAGCAGUGGGAGGGCAUGAAAGUCAUGUUGAGUGUCCUUGAUGAGGUCUUCUUCGAUGGAGAAGGUCCAGCGGCAUUCUGA